AUGCAAGCAUAUCCCGAAUAUCAAGGCCCGAACCCUGAAUGGGAGCAACUGUGUCGCACAACGGAGAUUCCACGCUUCAAUCCUGACUUGACGCCUCUAGAAAUCCGAUAUGCCGCUAAUACCCGUCGUGCGAAAGCAGCACAAACGAACCUACAUUUGUCAGGGCUUCGUGAAAAGAUAACUCACCAAGACCACGCCAUUACGACACGCGACAGCCAGAAUAUCAUCGGCCGGCUGUAUUUUCCCAAAAGUCAGCCAUCAAGCGCAAGUCCCCUUCCUGUUUACCUAUACUUCCAUGGUGGGGGCCAUUUGAACGGUAACAUUGAGUCCGAGGACGCUACAUGCUAUGGCAUUGUUGCCAACACCAACAUCGCAGUCCUGCACGUCAAUUAUCGUCAUACGCCUGAAUUCACACACCCCACGCAGGUCAACGAUGCCGUCGACGGGUUUGAAUGGCUUGUGAGUAACGCAGAACGACUGGGGCUCGACAAUACUAAGAUCGUCGUCGGUGGCUUCUCAGCUGGGGCGAUGCUCACUGCUUGGGUCGUAUAUCAUCAAGUUCAACGAACACGACGAGCAGACCCAACGUCUUCCCUCGCGGGGCGAAUCAAGGGCCAAGUUCUAGGUACACCUUGGUUGAUUCACCCAGACAACCACCCGGCCUACAAGUCGUCCACACCCGAUCCCAAUUUUUCAUAUAUCCAGAACAUCGACGCGCCGGUUCUUCCCUGGGCCGCACUCAAGCUAUUUACAGAGUGCCUCAAGGCCGAGGAUCCGACGGACCGUAGUCUAAAUGUGCCGUUUGCGAGUGACGAGGAAUUGCGCGGAACGCCCAAGUCGAGCGUCAUUGCGGCAGGGAUGGAUAUUCUUCGCGAUGAGGCACUGUAUUUUGCGAAACGAUUGCAGGAUCUUGGGUGA